UCGAAUUUGACAUUAUUCUUUCUUCUUCUACAGUUCUACCUUUGUCGCCCAAACCCUGCGGCAGCAGCAGCAUUCCGCCGGCGAGAGUUCGGUUUCUUCCAUUUUAGCUUCAAAACGACGAAAGCUUCAAAAUGUUAAGCUCCAAAACUCUGCUUUCUCGUGCCAUAAGGAGGAAGAAAAGCAAGAAAAUUACAGGCAGGAAAAUCAGGAGCAAAACUCUCAAUUCCUCUCCCACGAAGUCCAAAUUUCCCGAAUGCAAAGAAGGCGGCGGCGAAUUUGGUUUCGGCCUCAAAUCCUCCGCAACAUCUUCUAAUCAUGGCGUCCAACCAUUAGGAAAUUUCUACCUCGCUUCCGGCACCAUUAACACGAGAAAUACAGGUUUGGGUAAUCUGUAUAUCUUGUCCGAUGAGCUUGUUCUCGAUAUUUUAGGGUUGCUUGAUGCUACAGAUUUAGGGGUUUUGGCUACUGUGAGCAAAUCGUUCUAUGUUUUUGCCAAUCAUGAGCCUCUUUGGAGGAAUCUUGUGUUGGAUAGUGUUAAAGAUGGUUUUCUGUAUAAUAGGACUUGGAAAUCUACUUAUAUAGCUGCUUUUUGUUCUUCAUUUGAUGAUUGUAAUAUUGAAAUUUCGGGUUUGAGAGUGAGGGAUUUCUAUUCUGAUUAUCUAUUUCAGAGCUGGCUCUGUGCUAACCUUGAAAUGAAACAUGAGUGGCUUGAAAGAGAUAACAUUGUUAGAAGAAAAGGGAUUUCGGUUGAAGAAUUUGUGUUGAACUUUGAAGAACCCAAUAAGCCUGUGCUGUUGGAAGGGUGUUUGGAUAAUUGGGUGGCAAGGGAAAAAUGGAACAGAGAUUAUUUGAUUCAAUUGUGUGGUGAUGUUAGGUUUUCAGUUGGGCCAGCGGAUCUGAAGCUUGAGGAGUUCUUUUUGUACUCUGAUCAGGCAAGAGAGGAGAGACCACUGUACCUUUUCGACCCCACAUUUGCAGAGAAGGUUCCAAGAUUGGGAUUAGAAUAUGAUGUUCCAGAGUACUUCAGAGAAGAUUUGUUUAGCGUUUUGGGGAAGGAAAGACCCAAUCAUCGGUGGGUUAUAAUUGGACCAUCCGGGUCUGGCUCGUCGUUCCACAUAGAUCCUAAUUCGACUUCAGCUUGGAAUGCAGUGAUUAAGGGGUCCAAGAAGUGGGUUCUGUUUCCACCUGAUGUAGUCCCGCCUGGAGUACAUCCCAGCCCGGAUGGCGCUGAGGUCGCUUGCCCGGUUUCCAUAAUCGAGUGGUUCAUGAACUUCUAUGCUGCAACAAAGAGUUGGAAAAAGAAGCCUAUAGAGUGCAUCUGCAAGGCUGGGGAAGUGAUCUUUGUGCCAAAUGGAUGGUGGCAUUUGGUGAUCAACUUGGAGGAGUCCAUUGCCAUCACACAGAAUUAUGUCAGCAGAAGAAAUCUGUUGAAUGUCUUGGAUUUCCUUAAAAGACCAAAUGCAAGCAUGUUGGUUUCUGGAACAAAAGAUCGUGUGAAUCUGUAUGACAAGUUUAAAAACGCGAUCGAUGCUUCUUUUCCCGGAACCAUCGAUCAGUUGGCUCAGAAAGCUGAAGAGAAGAAGGCGGAGCAGAAAAAACUUUCCUUUUGGGACUCUGUAGCAGAUUCGAAUGCGGGCGCUUUCAAGUUCUCCUUUUAGAGAAACAAAUCCAAGUAGAGAAUCAGCCUAAGAAGCAAAGCUACCAGAACCCAUUUGAUGGAACUUAAUAGGUACUUGAAGAAACAUUCUGCUAUGUACUUAUUUAUUUAACAGUUUUGACUUAUAAUGAAGCUUUUUCUCAUGGUCCUUUGCUCUA